GUGGAUGGGUAGAUGGGUGGAUGGGUGGAUGGGUGGAUGGGUGAUGUUGAUGGUGUUGACCUGUUCUUCGUCUUCUUUCCGUUCUUCAGGCAUCAGACAGAGGUUCAGUGGGUGAUCCAUGCUUCUGUGGUGGUCAUUGGCUUGGUUAGUUCCUCCCUCACCAGCAUGAAGAACAGCACCCUGGUGUUCUGGUUCCUUGGUAAUGAAGUGGCGUACAUCCUAAUAUUCCCUCAACUCAUCUGCGUCCUCUUCUUUAACAUCUCCAACGGUUACGGGGCUGUUAUGGGCUUACUGGUUGGAUUUGUGUUAAGACUGCUCAGUGGAGACCAAACUUUAGGAAUAGCACCUGUCCUACACUUCCCAGGAUGCACUCUCGAGGACGGCGUUUAUGUCCAGUAUUCUCCGAUUAGGACCAUCUCCAUGCUGUUGUUCUCCCAUCUGGCUUCUGUGCUCUUCAACAAAGGUGUGCUACCUGAGAAGUGGGACGUGUUCAAAGUGCAGGUGCAGCUCUCGCCUCAAACACUGGCAGCACGUGACACCACGGAACACGAUGAGAACGAGAAACUGAAUGAAAAGGAGACUGAGACUGAGGCCUGAGUGUCUGUUUUGAUGAUC